GGAGGAGGAGCUGCAGCGGCGCUCGAGAGACAGCGCGACAGCUGUCUGAACUACAUUUCCCAGAAUCCCUCAGUUAGGGGCGGGGCCCCGCCAGCACAAACCUCGCAUAAACUGGGCUCGUUAUCAAAACCACGAUGGUGCGUUACAAAGUGAGCAUUAUCUCUGCAUCAGUGAACUUUAAAAUCGGACUUGGAUUGUUCACGACGACCCGGAAAGCUUCCAGCCUUAUAUAGCUUCCAGACAGAUCACCCCAGCACUGCUGUUGUUGUCUCGGUCGCAGCUCCCUGAUGUAGCUGUCAGGGUGAAGGGAGAGCGCACUGACAGAUACCAAGUGGGUUUAUUCCGUGCGCGCUGUUCUUAAUUAAAGCUAGAUACUCUUUUAACUUUGCCGGAGCUGUGCACAGAGAAAUGGUUCUGUCUAGAACAAAGUUAGCUCUAGGUCUGGGAGUGUCCGGAGUCCUGACUGCAGUUUUCGGGACUAUUCUCGUGUUCGUGGGACCCAUUGUGAUCGACCAGCAAAUUGUCAAGAAUGUGCAGAUCGACCCCAGCAACAGCAUGUCCUACACCAUGUGGAAGGACAUCCCUGUGCCCUUCUUCAUGUCCGUCUACUUCUUCCACAUCCUGAACCCUGAGGAGAUUCUCCGCGGGGAGAAGCCCAUGGUGGAGCAGAGAGGCCCGUACGUCUACAGGGAAUACCGCCAGAAGCAUAACAUCACUUUCCAUGACAACAAGACCGUGUCCUACAGGGAAUACCGCCAGUACCACUUCUGGCGGAACAUGUCUGUCGGGAACGAGUCGGAUGUCGUCACGGUACCCAACAUGCUGGUGCUGGGCGCCGCAGUGAUGAUGGAGGACAUGCCCUACUUUGUCAGGAUCAUGGUGAGCACCACCUUUAAGGCUUUUAAAGAAGGCCCUUUCCUCACAAAGACAGUGGGGGAGCUGAUGUGGGGCUACGAAAGCAAGCUGGUGGAUUUCCUCAAGCAGUACUUCCCCAACAUGAUGCCGGUCGAGGGGAAAUUCGGCCUCUUUGCAGAAUUCAAUAACUCCAACACAGGCCUGUUCACGGUGUUCACCGGAGUGGACGACAUCAGGAAAGUUCAUAAGGUCGACUCGUGGAAUGGCCUGAAAGAGGUGAACUACUGGAACUCCAGGCAGUGCAACAUGAUUAACGGCACAGCUGGACAGAUGUGGCCCCCCUUCAUGACCAAGGAGACAACCCUUCCUUUCUAUAGCCCUGACGCCUGCAGAUCCAUGGACCUGGAGUACCAACGGCCCGGAGAGGUGGCUGGCAUUCCCAUUUUUCGCUACGUGGCGCCCAAGACCCUGUUCGCCAAUGGCACCGACUACCCCCCCAACGAGGGCUUCUGCCCCUGCAGGCAGUCGGGCAUCAUGAACGUCAGCACCUGCAGACACGACUCCCCUUCGUUCCUCUCCCACCCUCACUUCCUUAACGGCGACCCUGUCCUGCGGGAGUUCGUCCUCGGGCUGAGCCCCAGCGAGGAGGAGCACGGCCUCUUCAUCGACAUCCACCCCGAGACGGGCGUCCCUGUGAACGUGUCCAUCAAGCUGCAGCUGAACCUGUUCAUUAAGAGCGUGUCGGGCAUCACAGAGACGGGUAAAAUCUCUCCGGUGGUCAUUCCGAUGCUGUGGUUUGCAGAGAGUGGCUUCAUUGAGGGAUCGGUCCUGACCACCUUCUACAACAACCUCGUGCUCCUGCCCGCCAUCAUGGAGUACCUGCAGUACAUCUUCAUCGCGCUGGGCCUCGCCCUGAUCGCGGUCUCCAUCGGCCUGGCGCUCUCGGAGCAGAGCCGAGCCGAGGAGAAGACACCCCCAGCCCUGGACCGGGACGAAGGCCUUUCAGCUACGGAGAGAACCCCCCUGUUACAGGACUCAUCCCAGCAUGCUCCCCACCGAUAGUGGCAGACUCACGGCAAGGCCUGGCCUGACCGGGGCAGCAGGGUGUUUAAAGCCGUGUCCAGUGAAAGGGCACGGCCCAGUGUUGCCCAUCAGCUGUAACUAAAGGUCCGUCACGUGGUACAGCCCGCGGUAUUGCACUUGCGUGAACCCCUGUGCCUCUCGUGAGAAUUCAGUAGACGGUGCUCCCUAAUUCCCUGUCUCCCUUCUAACACCCGGGCAGUUCUUGAAACACUAACAAGCAUUGCUUUCCUGUGCCAAACGUGUGCAUCGACCCCCAGUCUCCUCUGGUCGUCGGACGGGGUCACCCAGGAGGUGAGUCCAGAUCCCUGACUGUAGCAGGACAGCUAUGGACGUGCGAGACACCCAACUGUGCCACACGCGAUUAUUAAUAAACUUAAGAGCAAGAAUUAGUAAGUAAAUCAUCGUCAUUAGUCUUGAAGGAGGCUCGUCCAGCGGUUUUACUUGGAAUCAGCUUUACAGAUGCAAGUGGGGGGCCUUUUACCGAGUUAGAAUUCGGCAAGAACUGGUGAGAAAAUCAGCUGAGCCUGACUUUCAGGAAGCUCGCUUGUGUCGACGGUACGAGAAACUGCCCACGUUUGUGCAACAACGUGUUCUGUUACUGCUUCGUAACUUUGCACAGAGCUACGGAUAUGGAACACAUUUUGCAAUUUUAAUGAAUAUUUUAUAUGUAAGUGGCUGGAUUUUGAUGAUCUCUUGAUGAUAAAAAGAUGCUUCUUACUCGC